AUGGAUCCUCUAUCGGUGGCUACCUCGGUGGCAGGCGUCGCCGCCACGGGUCUCCAAUUAUCUCAAACAAUCUACGAUCUUAUCUCCACAUUCUACGAAGCAGAGAGAGAGAUGUCGAGUAUCGCAAACGAUAUAUCACUUUUAGCUACCGUUCUCCAUCAGCUAGAGGGCGUUCUCCGACGAGACUCACGAGUCUACCAACCACGCAUGGUCGAAGUGGUUCACGAGAUCCUAGAUACUUGCGAAGAUGUCUUCCAAAGCAUUUCGAAGUUCAUAUCUCGACAUCGCGUUAGACCAUUGCAGGCCGGACUAGAAUCUAUGAAAUCAACAUUGAACGUAUUGUUGCAUGUCGUCCAAUUGGCACGGGCUACUGAAGCAGCGAAGUUUUUCAUACCCAACGCCGGAACAGUCUUCACACAAGCGGACAUUCGAAAGGAGAGUAGGAUGCUCGUGGGAGUUGUGCUAGAAAAUCGGCGAAGUAUCUUGAGUCUUAAACAGAUUGAAGAGGAUCGCGACAGACGACAAAACUUGCGGAACAUAAUCGAGAAUAAGCGGGAUAGUGAGGGGACUGAUAGCGACGUAGCUCUGGAUGACGGUGCACCAAAGACGGAGCGUAAGGCUCGUCCCACGGAAAGGACCAACAUUGGUGGGUUCAGUUCAGUCGGAGGCUGGGCAGGAGGCGGUAGUGCGAACACCAGCACCCAUAUGGACUCCUUUUCGAAGGCUGCGAAGGAUUCAGCAACAGACACGACAUACAGCAACAAAGAAAACAAGAAAAAGACCACUACUACCGGUUUGGACUCUGGGUUUGGGAUUUGGGGCCCACGUGAAGAAGGAAAUGAGGUAGAAGAAGCCGAAGAAAUCAAGGCACGAGGCGAAGAUGGUUGGGUGACCUUUACUACCACCACCACCACAGAAAAGGAGCACAAGAAAAACGCUUGGCUCAACGAUGUUUCCAAGAAUCCAAAUCCGACUGUCAUUGACAACGCACCGGAAAACACGGUAGCAGCGGCAGAUGGCUCAUGGAGCGCCUGGGGUGUCGCAUCUAAUGAAGACAAGGAAGCAAAGGAAAAGAUGGAGGAAAGAAAGAAUAUCCAGAAGGGGGUGGAGGACAAUAAUCGUAGAUCACGUGAUGUGUCGCCUGACCUAAGUGUACCGGCGAGAUCGUCAUCACACUCCGAACAUAUUGUCCAAGACUACAAGGUCUCAGAAGCUGGUUCAGGUGGUAGCAGACUGAUAUCGGUCAAUGAAAGUCCAGACUUGGUUCACGCUGAUAGCGCUUCUAUCAGCCAGCCAAGCCAUUCAGGGAUCCAUUCAGACCCACAAUCUCAGUCCCCUGCUUCUGUGCACUAUUUUAUUGCGCCCGAGAUCCCACUCGCGGAUGACACUGUACAUUCUCCUAUGGAAGACCUUGCUAUGGAGCCCAGCGGACCCCAAAUUACAGCAAGUACGAAGGGAUUAGACACAAAAUUCGGCAAGAGCCAAUGGUCACCGCCUGAAACGGAGAUAGUAACGCCAACCGCGCAAUGGUUCCUGAGCGUUGUACCUCACGAAUCGAGUGUCACAGCAUUGAUCGUAAGACCUCGGCCUGGAGACGCGAACCAUCUCAGGACUCGAGCGGAAGAGACGGCCAAAACACUCUUGCUCAAUUGGACUACUGUCGAUCCCGGCGUCAUUUCCGGAGAGGAGAGUUUUUGGAAUUCUGGACGCUGGAAUUCUACCAACGAUUCCUAUUUUUAUCCCCACAGACCAGCAAGAGAUGAGAAUGUUCCAACCCAGCCAUAUCAUGUGCCCUACCCGCAUCAAUCGUACCCAACGUAUACACCGCAACAGUGGUAUGCGCCGCCAGUAUUCCCCCCACUUCCUUCCCCGCCAGUAUUCACUCCACUUCCUCCCCCGCUGCCAGUAACCACUCCAUCUCCUCCCCCCGAAGAUAAGCAAACGGAUAGUGAGGAGCUCGCUCGUUUGAAGAAGCUGAUUCUAGACGAAAAGGCAGAACAAGACGAGAGGGCAGCGGCAGCGGCAGCGGCAGCAGCAGUCCCACCAUCAACCGCAGCCGUCGUAUCUAUCGCAACAGAGGACACGUCAGAAGAUGCCAUGCAGCGCGAAAAUAAUUAUACGGAAGCAGUGGACUCGGUGCAGAGGCAGCAAGUGCACAUUACGCCGUGGAAGGCAGAACCCUCGAGACAACAGCCGGUCAUAAUGAGGGAUUGGUUUGGCCGGAAGUUCAUCUUCCCCGUCGACAUGUGCCAGACCUGGGAGGGGCUCCAUAAUCUGAUCCAGGAAGCUUUUGGGCAUGAACUUAAACACAGGUCAAUGGUCGAGAAGGGCUACUACAACAUAUCCCACGUUACGGGCGAAAUAAUCCUCCCCUCGAUUUGGGAAUUGUUCGUACGACCUGGUUUGGAGAUCAACAUGGAACUGCAGGACGUACUUGACGCAGAUCUAGACGACUCUGGCGGUAAAGCGAUGGUGGGCGGUAGAAGAGAAAAGACUGGUCCGAAAACAUUGACACCACCGCAUGCACCGGAGGUGCCCACGCUUGGAAGCCCGAUGGUCCUGCAAUCUAGGAGCGACGAGGAAGCUUCUAUUAACGACGUCGCAAACGAUGAAGCAGACUACUCAGUUCCGGACGGGAUCAGCUACGUAGAGCUGUCGGACCCUCGCUAUCUGUCGAUUGAAAAGGUACUUCUUGAGCAAAAGAUGGCCAAAGUCGAGGCGGAAAUGAAGCUCGAACGCAACAGGCGUUUCUUCCAACUCAAGCAACAGCUCAUGGACCAGGGCGCUGCGAUUCAUGCGCGGCAGGAUGCUGCUGACCAUGCAGAGCAAGACAAUAAGUUGGCGUGGUUGGAGAAGCAAGUCAGGGAUCAAAAGGAGGUGCUUGAUGGACUACCGCCACUCUUGAUGACUCCGCCAAGCUCCAACGCUGGCGAUUCGUUGAGCAAGAGUCCAAGCAGUCCGCAGCGGAACCCUUCCUUUGUGGCACGCCUGUUGGGUCGCAUACCGUCUCGGAGUAUCCGUUCCAGGGGCUCCAUCCAGAGUCAGCAAAUGAUAACCGAGGGUUGA